CAUGCCAACCCCGAAACACCAAAAUAUAAAAUCACAUUCUAUCAGAAUAAAAGUAACUAAAAUAUAACUAACGUUUAUCAGCGUUAACUGUUAUCUCUAGAACCAAACGGCAAUAAUUCAAAUGAUAAAAAACAACCAUGUUAAAAUAAUAUAUUAAAUUUUCUUAAAUAGUACAAAUUUGUACGACACAUUUAUAAUUACAAAAAACCAGCUAGUUCAUAUUAUGACGACAACGAUAAUAAUUGUAUGAUGUCGUCUGAAGUCAUAAAAAGCUUAUCGGUAUGCUUAUUCAUUAGAACAGUUUGAUUGCUGAAACCAUCUCUAGUCUGAUUAAAUGUGGUAACAGUUUUAAGAUGAGUCAAAGAUGAUGGUUGAAUAGUCUCCAUUGACACUAACUGGAAGAAAUAAUUGUUUUAUCAUUUGUCUAAAUAGACUAGAUUUGACUUGAGUUUUGGGAUUAUUUGCUAGACAAAUGAGUAACGAACAUUGGACUGAUGAGUCGUGGGUUCAAGAAAUCCUAAAAGAAAUCAGAUUAGAGAAAUGAAAAGCUACGUUCAUUACUUAUGAAAGUAUAAAUUUGUUAUGUGCACGAUUUUUUAAGCAGUUUUUAUUUUAUCUAUAAUUAGCAUUUAUUUUUAUUUAAAGAAGCUGUGUUAAUAAGAUUUCAAAAUGCAAACUGCCUUUCGUUCUUUCAAUUUGGUUCGAAAUUUGUCUACCAAACCAUCACUAUUUAACUCUACUCAAUUGACUAAAGAUAAAUAUCCGUACCUAAGAAGAGGUCCCUAUGCUAAAAUUGAAACUACCGAUAUACAUUUUUUUCAAAAUAUAUUGGGAGUCAAUUAUGUAAUUACCGAUCAAACAGAACUGGUACCUUAUAAUGUAGAUUGGUUAAAAUCUGUCUCAGGUUAUAGUAAGUGUGUGCUUAAGCCAAAAACAACUGAACAAGUAUCACAAAUUCUUUCGUAUUGUCAUAAACGAGAUAUUGCUAUUUGCAUUCAAGGCGGCAAUACUGGCCUUGUUGGCGGUAGUGUUCCAGUAUUUGAUGAAAUUAUAUUAUCUACUUCCGCAAUGAAUGACAUUAUAAGCUUUGAUAAACUAUCUGGGAUUUUAGUUUGUCAAGCUGGAUGUGUUUUAGAAAAUUUAAUGAAUUAUGUACAAAAUGAAGGAUUUAUAAUGCCAUUUGAUUUGGGUGCCAAAGGAAGUUGUCAGAUUGGCGGCAAUGUAGCAACUAAUGCCGGAGGACUUAGAUUAAUUAAAUAUGGAAGUUUGCAAGGCAGUGUAUCUGGAUUGCAAGUAGUGUUAGCUGAUGGUCAAAUUUUGGACAGUUUAAGUACUUUAAAAAAAGAUAAUACUGGAUACCAUUUAAAACAUAUAUUUAUUGGAUCUGAAGGAACCUUAGGCGUGAUUACAAAAGUCGCUAUUCAAUGUCCAAAUGCUCCUAAAUAUGUAAACGUUGCCUUUAUUGGUUUAAGUUCAUUUCAUAAAGUAUUACAUUUAUUUGAAAAUAUACGAAGUAAAUUUUCUAAUAGUCUUUCGUCGUUUGAACUUAUGGAUUCUGUAGCCAUAAAAUGUGUGUGUGAAAAUAUAGGCUUAAAGUGUCCUAUUGACGAUGGACUUGAAUUUUAUGUACUUUUAGAACUAUCAACUGAUCAUAGUUUUAUGACCAAGUCUUUACAAGAUUUCUUGGAAGAAUCUUUUAUGCAAAAAAUAAUUGAAGAUGCUACUUCAGCAGAUCAACCUUCUCAAAUUGAAAGUCUAUGGAAAAUACGAGAAAGUAUACCUGAAAGUUUACUAAGGUUUGGCUAUGUGUAUAAAUAUGAUAUAACUCUGCCACAUAAAUAUUUUUAUCAGAUUUUACCAGACAUAAAGGAACGUUUAAAUAAUAAAUUUAAUGUUAAAGCCAUUUCAGGUUAUGGUCAUUUAGGUGAUGGGAAUUUGCAUUUAAAUGUUGCUACUACUGCACACAAUGAAGAUGUCGUUUCUGAAUUAGAACCUUAUGUAUAUGAAUGGACUAGUCAGUAUAAAGGAAGUAUAAGUGCUGAACAUGGAAUUGGUUUUUUAAAAAGAAAAUACUUAAAAUAUUCGAAAUCCCAAUUAGAAAUUGAUAUAAUGAAAAAAUUAAAAAAUACAUUUGAUAAUAGACAAAUAUUGAACCCUUACAAAAUAUUUCCAUAAUUUAAAAUUCAAAUGUAUUUAUUAUAUGUUGAAAAUUUUAAAGAUGGGAGUAGUCAAUUACUAUUUUAUUUUAUAUUAAUUGUUUUUAUUAAUUUAUUAAGUUUUUGUUAUACUCGUUUAAACUAUAUUGUAUAUUGUUAUUGACAACAAAGCAAUUUCACAUGCCUGUUGGAACUUGUUAAAAUAACUAAUAUCGAAAAAACCAACGGUUUUCACUUUUCAUAAGAAAAUACCUAUUAGCUACACAUAAAAUUUAAAAGGUUUUUUUAUGUAUAAAAUAAUUUUAUGUAAAAAAAAAUAUAUAAUUUUAUUGCUUGUGGAAGUAAAAAAACUACAGAAUUAAAUGGUUAGCACACUAUGCAAAUAUAAACAACUGUACAUUUUCUUAGGGCACACGACAUUUACCAACCACUAUAGU